UUAGAGGAGGGAUUUGCUUAGAAAUCACUGGAAGAAAAAAGUCAUAAACCCAGGAAUUUCAACUUGUUCAAGAGCUUAGAAGCUGGGAAGGGGCUUGGGAAGCAGAGAUCUGUGCCAGCAGGAAGGCUCAGUCCCAGCUGGCCUUUGGAGCCAGGGUGUCCCACCUGGGAGCCCAGUGGGAAUGGUGGGUGGGAUGCUGGGAGAGUUGCUCCUGUUGCCUGGACAUUUAACAAAGGCAGGAAAAGUGGCAGCAGGAGCAGGCGAUAAGGAACAAUAUCCCUGGGCCAGGGCUCGCCCGUGUCCCGCAUCCCUUUGCUUUUUUGCUACUUUAAUGAGAAGGAACAGAAGUGGCUCCGGAAGAGAAUUUUAUUUUUAAACUUCUGAAAGAGCUUUUACAGCAAGAGGGGAGUCCAGGCAGAGACCAGGAAUGGAAAAGUUCCUUUGAUCAUCGCUCACUUCCCUGACUUUGGGGCAGCAGCUGCAGCUCAUGCUGGGGACAGGUUACCCCAAAACCCUCCUGUCCCUGUCCCCUGCCUCAGGACCAGCCCGUCAUUUCUGGUUCCCAUCAGGUUUCCAUCUUUUGAGAUGAUGCUCUGCAGGUCCCAUUGCAGCAGCAGUGCAGAGUCCCUGGACCGGCUGUAUCCCGCCGUGGGCUCCUCCAAGCCCCCCCGCAAGCGGACCACCAGCCAGUGCAAGUCGGAGCCGCCGCUGCUGCGCACCAGCAAGAGAACCAUCUACACUGCAGGCCGGCCCCCCUGGUACAACGAGCACGGCACGCAGUCCAAGGAGGCCUUUGUCAUAGGCCUGGGAGGAGGCAGCGCCUCUGGGAAGACCACGGUGGCCACCAUGAUCAUUGAAGCUCUUGAUGUCCCAUGGGUGGUUCUGCUGUCCAUGGACUCCUUCUACAAGGUGCUGACCAAGCAGCAGCAGGAGCAGGCAGCCAGCAACGACUUCAACUUUGACCACCCUGAUGCCUUUGACUUUGACCUCAUCAUUGCCACCCUGAAGAAGUUGAAGCAAGGCAAGAGUGUCAAGAUCCCCAUCUACGACUUCACCACCCACAGCCGGAAGAAGGAAUGGAAAACCCUGUAUGGCGCCAAUGUGAUUAUCUUUGAAGGCAUCAUGGCAUUUGCAGACAAGGAGCUCCUGAAGCUCUUGGAUCUGAAGAUAUUUGUGGACACGGACUCAGACAUCCGCUUGGUGCGCCGCCUGCGCAGGGACAUCAGCGAGCGAGGCCGGGACAUCGAGGGGGUCAUCAAGCAGUACAACAAGUUUGUCAAGCCUGCCUUCGAUCAGUACAUCCAGCCCACCAUGAGGCUGGCAGACAUCGUUGUGCCUCGAGGGAGUGGAAACACUGUGGCCAUCGACCUGAUUGUUCAGCAUGUCCACAGCCAGCUGGAAGAGCGUGAACUCAGUGUCAGUGGAAACCAAGAUGGGCCAGCCACCUUCAGAGAAGCUGUGGCUGCCUCAUCCCUGGAAGUGUUCAAGGCCAGUUUGGAUAAGGCUUGGAUUAACCUGGUCUGGUGGAAAGUAUCCCUGCCCGUGGCACACGGCUGGAACAAGAUGGUCUUUAAAGUCCUUUCCAACCCAAACCAUGAUCCUGGGGCUGCCCUGGCCUCUGCCCACCAGUGCCACCCCCUUCCGCAGACCCUCAGUGUGCUGAAGAGCACCCCUCAGGUGAGGGGCAUGCACACCAUCAUCAGAAACAAGGAGACCAGCAGAGACGAGUUCAUUUUCUACUCCAAAAGGUUGAUGCGAUUGCUGAUUGAGCACGCGCUCUCCCUGCUCCCAUUCCAGAGUUGCACAGUCCAGACCCCUCAGGGACACGACUACGAAGGGAGGACAUACAGCGGGAAGCAAAUCACUGGGGUGUCCAUCCUGCGAGCCGGAGAGACCAUGGAGCCGGCGCUGCGCGCGGUGUGCAAGGACGUCCGCAUUGGCACCAUCCUCAUUCAAACCAACUGCAACACUGGCGAGCCAGAGCUCCACUACCUGCGGCUGCCGAAGGACAUCAGCGAAGACCACGUCAUCCUGAUGGACUGCACAGUCUCCACGGGUGCUGCGGCCAUGAUGGCAGUGAGGGUGCUGCUGGAUCAUGAUGUCCCAGAGGACAAGAUCUUCCUGCUCUCCCUGCUCAUGGCAGAGAUGGGUGUCCACUCGGUGGCCUAUGCGUUCCCCCGGGUGAAGAUCAUCACCACAGCUGUGGACAAGAAGGUGAAUGACCUCUUUCGGAUAAUCCCCGGCAUCGGGAAUUUUGGAGAUCGGUACUUCGGGACGGACGCUCCCCCUGACUGGAGCGACGAUGAGGAUGCUCUCAGCACUUAGCUGGAUCUGGAGGUGCCACUGGCACCAGGCAGCUUCAGCACCGCACCUUAACCCCUCUGUCCAGUGCAGAUUUCUCCUUCCUCUCACCAAGCAUAGAUAUUUUUUUCAAAUCUUACAGCGGAGAUCUAGGGCAUAUUUUUUCAGAGAAACGUAAAUCCUAGUUUGACUUUAUGGGCAGUUGCGUGUCCCAGCAUAGAGCGGAGUUAAUUUAUUUUAAUUUAAAUAUUUGCCUAUAUAACUUAUUGGAGAUAUUUUAUAAAGAACAAUAAUAAAUUUUUUCUCUGGUUUUCUUGAA